UUGCUCCACAGUGAAGCACUCUGGUUCUAGAGAGGAGGAGACAACUGCCACAACUUCACAGCUCCACAAUACUAACCUCUUCUAUUUUUUAUUAUUUCCUCCGGACUUCAAGUUAAAUUAUAACAGUAAUAAUAAAAUAAAACGUUUUGGGCAACUUUUAAAAACUUUUCCACAACCAAAACUUUCCAACUAAGCUCCAGUCGUGGCACAAACAACAACACCUCGUCGCAGUGAAGGAUCCCGCUCGGUCCUCCAUGAAAGACGGAGUGCGGCAGCAGAUUUGGGGAAGAGACAUGUCAGCGACGGUCCUGUCCACUUUCUACGACAUGGACAUGCUUUACAAGCAGGAGAAAAGCAUGAACAUGAACGCCCUCCACAUCAACAGCAUGCUGGAUAAGAAGGCGGUGGGCGCUCCGGUCGCCGGCUCCUUCACGCCGGGAUUUUUCCGGAGAAACUCCACCAGCAACUUGGAGGCAAUGAGCAACGGCAACAAGUACUCGCUGGGCUCGUACAGCAGCUGCAUGAAGGAGAACUCCCCGGUUGGCGGCGUCGGCGCCACGGCCCUCAUGAACAAGGAGAACAAGUUCCGCGACCGCGCCUACAGCGAGACCGGAGACCGGGGCGUGCUGCAGCAGAAGCCCGCCUCGCAGAUCAACUCCACCCGAUACAAAACCGAGCUGUGCCGGCCCUUCGAGGAGAACGGGUCGUGCAAAUACGGGGAGAAGUGUCAGUUCGCCCACGGCUACCACGAGCUGCGGAGCCUGACGCGCCAUCCGAAGUACAAAACGGAGCCGUGUCGCACCUUCCACACCAUCGGCUUCUGCCCCUACGGCCCCCGGUGUCACUUCAUCCACAACGCGGACGAGCGGCGGCCCGCCCCGCCGGCCAACGCCAACGUGCAGGCGGCGGAGCCCCGCGGCUACAGCCCGCAGCAGCAGCAGCCGCAGCAGCUCCGACCAAAGCUCCACCACAGCCUCAGCUUCUCCGGCUUCUCCACCCACCACGGACUCGAAUCGCCGCUGCUCGACAGCCCCACAUCCCGGACCCCGCCGCCCCCGACCUCCGCUUCGUCUUGCACCUCCGCCUCCAGCUUCUACGACGACGUGCUGUCGCCCAGCUCCAUGCCGUGCAUCAACAGCGCCUUCUCCUUCCCCGGGCAGGACCUGAAAGCCUUGCUGGCCCCGCUGGCGGUGCACUCCCCGGCCGGCUACGCCAACAACCACUCCGGCGGCGUUGGCGGCAGCUUCUACGGGAACGCGCCGAGCAGCGUGAGCCUCCAGGCGCUGCGCCGCCUCAGCGAGUCGCCGGUGUUCGAGCCCCCGCCCAGCCCGCCGGACUCGCUCUCAGACCGGGAGAGCUACGCGAGCGGGUCCCUCAGCUCUUCCGGGAGCCUGAGCGGCUCCGAGUCCCCGAUUCUUGACGCUGGAAGGCGUCUGCCAAUCUUCAGCAGGCUGUCGAUUUCAGAUGACUAAGUUAAUUUUUUAUUUUAUUUUAUUUUUUUGGAUUAUGGUUGGUUUCAGGAGUCUGGAGGUGCUGGAGACUGAGACUUUCCUUUAAGCAGAGGAUAUCAAAAGUUUGGCUGCUCGUCACCUCCUUUGACGUGCCUUUAAGCAAGACUUAUUCUGAUUUAUGUUUUUCCCACCAGCUGCAGGGGUGCAAACCCUGCCCAAACCUCCCUGGAGGGGGGACAAGAGACCAGUUUCCACUAGAAAUGCACCGAUUAGGCCGAUACAGAUACCGAUUUUUUUGUUUUGUUUUUCGUUGUGGUCUGAUCUACCGAUACUGUUUUUGUUUUUCUCCCUACUCAGAAGUAAAAUCUUUAUGCGGGUUCCUUGAUGAUAGAAGUUUUCGAAGGAUGUAUCCCAAACCUUUCUAAUGACACGCUUGUUGAUGUUUUUCCUGUAUGAAAUGAAAGCGUUGGUUGUUAUUAGGGGUGAAAAAAAAUUAAAAAAUAGAUUUUUUUCCAGUAUUUAGCCUUUCUGAUCACAAGGAAAAAUCAGCUGGUUCCGGUCUGUGUUGCGUCUCAUCGGUGCAUCGGUGCAUCUCUAGUCCCACGAGGAUCAGUUAAGCUUCAGUUUCAAGUAUCCUUGACCAGGCAUUAGUGUAAUAGUGUUUUGUUCUUGUAUGUAUUAUAGCUGUAUUAAAACGUAGAUAGCAAACAGAAGGCAUUCCAUCAGUGCCUUGCCCAUGGGGCUCCUGGCAGCCCUCCCUCUCUCCUCUCUCUCUUAUCGCUCUAUCAGGCAAGCCACACUUUUCCUGGGAUUAGAUGAGUGUAACAUGACUUGACAAGAAAAAAAAAAAAGACUUUAAGCGGUUUCAGAUUUCCUCCCAUCCUGCCAAGAAUAUGCCUUAACUUAAAGUAACACAUUUCUUCUUUUUCUUUUUUUUUUUUUUUUUUUGCUUCAACUUCCAUUCCAGAUCUGCCUUCUUCUAGCGCCACCCAGUGGUUGGUUUGGUUAGUCAGCAGUAAUUUGUUGCUUGGUUAAAAAGCACUCUUGAGUUGGGCUUGUUUGGGGAAAUCACUGCUGAUGGUUGAAUAUAUAUCUAUAUUUUUUUAGCUUUUUUUUUUUUGAGGGAUUUGCAUAGCGGUGCAUAACUUGCUAUGGACUAUUUAACUUAUUUAUUAUCUUGUGAAAAAAAAGUAUAGGCUACAUUGGUAAUUUGUGUCCAUACUGUAUUUAUCAAGUAUGAUGAAGCAAUAGAUCUAUAUUCUUUUAUGUUUAAAUUAUGAUCGCCAUUAUUAAUCUGCAUAAAGUGGAGUGUAUGUUCUUUUCACAGUAAUAUAUAUAUUGUUUUUCUCCUUUUUUUUCGUUUUGUAACUUCACUUGGUUAUUUUUAUUGAGUAAAAAAAAAAUCUUAAUUUAAGAGAACGUAUGUGAUAUUUAUUUCAUUAAUUUUGUUUCCUUGUUUACGUUUAUUAAAACAAAAGUUUGUGUGAUUGCUGUUUUUGCUCCUGAGGCUCAGUGCUGUCGAAGGUCUUUUAUUUUAUUUUUCUCCCCCAGACUUUAGAUGUUCUGUAGAAUGUAUACACAGAGGUGUACAGACCGUCCAAACCUUUUUUCUUCUUCUUCUUUUUGUUGAUCUAGUUUAGACGUCAGUGACAAAGAACCCAAGUCAAUAAAUUAACCAAAAAGUAUUUGUUUUUUAAAUUUUUCUCUCCUGUUUUUGCACGAGGUCACACUGUGAUUCCAGCCGCGUGCUAAAGAAUGUAGCAAUCCCUUUUUGCCCCAGUAUUAUUAUUGUGUAGUGCCUAUGGGGUUCACCAUCUUUCUACAUGCCUUAAAAAUAACCAAAUAAAGUAUUUUUCCUACAUGGCAAAUUUUUUUAUAUACACGUUGAGCUGAAUGUAGUGUUGGAUUCUGCAACUUUUCAGGUUGUCACCACUCAGCCUUUCUGACAGAAGCAACCGUAACUUUUCUCCGAGUCCCGAUUCCUCUUUCUUUUUAUGAAAAUAUAUAUUGAAAAUCUAGUCUUGAGAGUUUGCUGCAGAGGGAAGUGGACGAACACAUUUUGGUUUGUACAUAGUAGGUACAGGGGGAUGCGCACUAUGUACUUUUGACUACUUUAUUAGAAGAAAAGCUUUUUGAAUGUAACAAAAACGGACAAAAAGACAACAAGAGUUGUGAUGUUUCUUUUUGGGGAGUCAGUUCACUACAAAUUGAGUGUGAGACUGUUAACUUUGUACUGUACAUUUGUUUUGUUUGUUUUUUGUAGUUCUCCCAAUAAAAAUCAUUUUGGAAAAGU